GCCCCCGCGCGCCCCCUGGAGGCCGAGGGAGGUGGGCUCCCCUCCCCCUCAGGAGUCCCGACACUCUCGUGAGUCCGGGCGCAGCAAUAGGGUGGCGGCGAGUUCCUAAGGCCUCGGAAGCAGAGGGCGCGCGGACCCACAACCGCCCUGCUAGGAAAAGUGUAACGGGGAACUUUGCAUCAGAUGGAAACUCUUCUCAAAGUGGCAUAUGCUGAAGGAACAAGAAGCCAGAUGUCUGUCUCUCUGUGGCAAAGAUCUUGUUUUUGAAACCAGCUUUGUACAAGAGGCAGGUGUGCAUCCUCACCAUGUUCUGGAAAUUUGAUCUGAACACGACAUCACAUGUCGACAAGCUGCUGGACAAGGAGGAUGUCACUCUCCAUGAGCUGAUGGAUGAAGAUGAUGUUCUCCAGGAGUGCAAAGCCCAGAACCGCAAGCUGGUGGGUUUCCUCUGUCAGCAGCACUGCAUGGAGGAGCUGGUCGGCCUCAUCACCCAGGAGCCUCCCCUGGACAUGGACGAGAAGGUCCGCUUCAAGUAUCCCAACACGGCCUGUGAACUGUUGACCUCUGACGUGCCCCAGAUCAAUGACAAGCUUGGAGGGGACGAAUCCUUAUUGAACAUCCUCUAUGACUUCCUAGAUCACGAGCCUCCCUUGAACCCUUUGCUUGCCAGUUUCUUUAGCAAGACCAUUGGCAACCUCAUAGCAAGGAAAACAGAGCAGGUGAUUUUGUUUUUAAGGGGAAAAGCCAAGUUUAUUGACCUAGUGCUCAAGCACAUUGACACAUCUGCCAUGAUGGACCUUCUCCUGCGACUCAUCAGCUGUGUGGAGCCAGCCCAGCUGCGGCAAGAAGUGCUAAAUUGGCUGAAUGAAGCAAAGAUCAUCCAGAGGCUCCUAGACCUGAUCUGUCCCAACCAAGAUGAGGAUAGACAGUCAAAUGCUUCCCAAACCUUGUGUGAUAUCAUAAGGCUGAGCCGAGACCAGAGCAACCAGCUCCAGGAGGCGGCCGAGCCGGACCUGCUCCUUGCAGUGCUGGAAUCGCAGGAGUGUGUGGAGCAACUCUUGAAGAACAUGUUUGAUGGGGAGCCCACCGAGAGCUGCCUGGUGAACGGGACGCAGGUUCUGCUGACGCUACUCGAGCCAAGACGUGCUGGUGUGGAGGGACCGGUGGACUCCUCCUUCUCUCAGGUAUUUGAAAAGUCUUGCGCAGUCAACAGCAGUAUCGUGUACAGCAUUGAACCACGGCUGAAGGAUUUCCACCAGCUGCUGCUCAGGCCCCCCAAGACUGCCUCCAUUCUGACUACCAUUGGGGUCUUGGAGGAGCCGCUGGGGAAUGCCCGCCUUCAUGCCGCGCGCUUGGUGGCCGCCCUUCUCCACACCAACACGCCUAGCAUGAACCAGGAGCUGUGCCGGCUCCACACAAUGGACUUGCUGCUGGAUUUGUUUUUUAAGUACACUUGGAAUAACUUUUUGCAUUUCCAAGUGGAACUGUGUGUAGCAGCUAUUCUUGCGCACACUGUGAAUGGAAGCAGACCUGCCACGAGUGACCCAGAGAGCAAGGAAGGGAUGGAUGGGAGUCCGGCCGUGGGGAUCUCGGAAGUAUCGGGCAGCAACCCUGAGAAUGUCAUGGUGACUCAUCUGUUCCAGACCUGCUGCCUGGUGCAAAGGAUCCUGGAUGCCUGGGAGACCAAUGACCAAAUACAGGCAGAAGGCGGAAUGAGGCGCGGCAACAUGGGCCACCUGACCCGAAUUGCCAACGCGGUUGUGCAGAAUAUGGAGAAGGGCCCCGUGCAGACCCAGAUCAGGGACUUCAUGAAAGGGCUUCCUGAAGAUUGCAGAGGGCGGUGGGAGAGCUUUGUCGAGGAGACGCUGGUGGAGGCCAACCGGAGGAACACGGUGGACUUGGUGAGCACCCACCACCUACACUCUUCCAGUGAGGAUGAGGACACAGAGGCUGCCUUCCCCAGUGAGCGAGCUCUCCAGCAGGCCUUCUCAGAGUACCAGAUUCAGCAGAUGACAGCCAACUUCACAGAUCAGUUUGGUUUCAAUGAUGAAGAGUUUGCUGACCAGGAUGACCAUAUCAAUGCACCUUUUGACAGAAUUGCGGAGAUCAACUUCACGAUUGAUGCAGACGAUGAAAGUAACAACACGUCCCUCUUUGAAGCCUGCUGCAGUGAACGGAUCCAGCAGUUUGAUGACAACGAGGAGGAGGAAGAUAUAUGGGAGGAGAAAGAAAUAAGCUACACAACCCAAGUCAAGUCAAGGACAAGGUUUGGAGUGUUUCAUACCUCAGAGAGUUCAUCCAGAAGCGAUCUAGAGAAUGGGGACCAGGAUGGCACCAUGGACUCUGGGGAAGAAGAAGCAGUUGAGGAGGCAGCUGUGCCUCCUGCCGUUGGCACUGAGAAGAAUGGCAGCCUUCCGGAGAUCAAGGACUUGGAGUCUCCUGCUGAAGGGUCUGGCUGGACGGCUGUCUUUGAGCCCGUGAGCUCCAAGGCCCCGGCAUCGUGUGUGGCCAUGGACGUUGGCUCCAGUGUAUGGGACUCAGCCACUCCAGAGGUUAAGACGCCUGAAGAGAGAGGCUGGGCCAAGUUCACCGACUUCCAGCCUUUUUGUUGCUCCGAAGCCGGGCCCAGGUGCAGUUCUCCUGUGGACACCGAGGGCAGCGACUCGGACGGGAACCCCCAGCGGAGCCCAGACAAGACCUUGAGCGCUGCCUCCCCUUGCGUGUGGAACGUCUGUGUGGCACGGAAGGCGCCUCGGGUGGCCUCGGACAGCAGCUCCUCGGGUGGCUCAGACAGCGAGGAAGAAGAGGAGGGAGCUGGCGCGGUCACGGAAACCAUCAGCACUGGCUCAGGCCAGGAAACCAUCAAGCUGACCAUGGAUGCGAAGAAGGAGAAGGCCGUCUUUAGCAGACUGUACUUACCCAAAUUUGAAGACAACUUUACCUGCAUUUACUCAAAAGGAACAGGACUCUGCAUUUCAGAUGACCUCCCAGUUCCUAAUAUUAAGAAAGCUAGUCUUGGAUCCAGGUAAAUACAGUAUAGUUAUAUUUUUAUAACUGGGGAUUGUCAGUAAACACUUGACCAAUAGAAUGUGUACUCAGGUCACCUGUGUGUGGGGUCGCUCUGCCACAACAGCUUUGCUUAGGGUGGCCCAUGGCGGGGCGUUGGGGUUGGGCUGAGCCCUACGCAGCAGGGCAGGCGAUGGGCUUCCUGCUUUGCCUCCAGCCUGGCUGUGGUGACUCCCCCUGGCCCAAGCAAACCCUUGGGGGGGUGGGGGUGGGGGCUGACAAAUGCCGUGGGGUCGGUCAUGGGCCAGGCCACCUUCCACUUGGCGGCUGAGAGAUCCUUCCAGCCGGCUGCCUGGACUUCAUGGCCCCCUGUGACGGGGGCGGGGAGGAGGGCUGGAAGGCUGCUGUUUCUUGCCACGUCACCUGCCUCCCCGCUGCGUGCAACUGCAGCACCCGCCUGCCUGGAAGCCACCCAGGAAGGCACCCUGGCCUGGCUGGGCUGUGGGCAGUGCCAGGCUUCAGGGUCUUGACGGCUUAGUGCAGGGGAAGAGUUUCUCAUCUGUUGGACGACUGUGAGGUGAGCCAGGAGUUUGGGGAGUGGGGUGUCUGUCCCUGUAGCAAUGUCUUCUUUCUCAACUGCCAGCCGAAAACACAGUUGUGCUAAUGCUGGCUGGGACCAUAAUACAGAUUUUGUCUGUCUAACCCACUGGUUAAGCUCCCAGUUCAACAGAUUGGCAGCUCGAGCUGUUCCGACAGAGCGUGUCGCAAUUUUUUUUUUACACAAACACCCCAUAAAACAAAAUGAAACAUGGUUUGCCUCAGGUAGUGGUUGUUUACUGUAGCAUGGAUCCAUUGAUGAAAUAAGAGUUCUUAGUUUGGCUGUCUCAGACCAUUUGGACCAAACGCUCAGCAGCUGCUGCUGUGGGCCUCCCUCUCUCUCUGGUUCAGCCAUAAUGGCAUCACCCCUUUGAAUCUGCAGGAGGGAAGGAUCAAAGUGCCACCUUCACUUGGGCAAUUUUGUCAGCCUGCACCCUUUCUCUCCCCACCCGCUUCUGCACUCAUCCUGCUGCCCGCCCUACGUUUCCACUUGGCUUGUGGCUAGCGGGCCGGUCUGGCAUCCCCUACUCUCCCUUUCCACCACUGGGAUCCCAGAUGUGCCCUCUUCUCUCUUGGGGGCUCAAUACGGGGCUUCUCCUCCCUCUACAGCUGCUGCUUCGCUCGCCCCAUUGUCCACUAGGCUCCACACCUCUUGCCCUUGCUGCAGAAACCCUUUGCUCUGCUUCACAAGCAGAUAGUUGCUGCCCUUCCGAUAGCAGGCUCUCCCCAGAGGCCAAGCCCUCUCUCCCCAGCUGGCACUUGCAGGCCAUUCCUCUUCCCUUGGGGGCAUCAGGACCAAAGGAGCAGGUCAGUCUGCCUAUACCGUAGCUAGCCAGGGAUGAAGAGCAAAGUUUGCCAGUGCCGCCUUCUAACAAACAGGCAAACUUUUAGACCAAGAGCAGAGCUCCAACUGUGAUGAGAAAGUGUCAAAUAAUGGGAAGAAAUAUGUACACACACAGUGCUAUGCAAAAACCACUAUGUCGAAAGUGGUGAGGGGUGUGUGUGUGUGUGUCUGUCUGUCUAAUUUGGCUCUGUUAAUUUUGUAUCACAGCCCAGCUGUGUUUGCUCUUGAUUUCAGGGGUGGUCUUUAAACCUUGAAGAUAAGUGGUUCAAAUGUUAUGGCUUACCUAUUUUUAUUGCGAACAAAACAGAAAAUAUACCAAGUGUCCCCA